UGUAGAUGUCUUCCUCAGUCUGAAUGGAGCUGUCAUCCCCAAUCAUGGCUAUGUGGAUAUCAGUGAUAUUGGCUCCACUGACAACACUGCUCUACUCUGUAUUACUAACCGUCCUGGUACUCCUACUUCAGGAGACUGGUUUGCACCAGAUGGGACUAGAGUAGAUGGUAUUGAUGUUCCAGGAGUUACCAGAAACAGAGGUCCUAUGGUAGUGAGACUGAGGAGGACCACUGGUACUGCACCAGAGGGGAUAUAUUGGUGUUCAGUAGAAGAUGCUGCAUCCACACUUCAGACUGUCUAUGUUGGACUGUACAACUCUGGAGGAGGGCAUCUAGCAUUGUCUGGUGGUAUGAAUUUCACUCUCCAUAAUGACAACUCAUUCACCCUCACCUGUAUCUCCACUGGUGGACCUGCUACCACUGUCACUUGGACCAGAGACUCCACCACUGUCACCCAAGGAACCCAGACUGUGUUGAAUGAUGCAGUGACUGCACAGUACACCCACACUCUGACAGACAGAACAGCAGGACUCUACACAUGUUUAAUAGCUAACAGUGUUUCAAAUGUUUCAGCAAAGUUACCUGUGCAAGGUCCCUCUCCUCCAUCUAAUGUGGAGUGUCUCAGAAUGGGCUGAACAGUCUACUGGUGACCUGGACACCAUCAGAAGGACCCAAUGUUACUGGCUACACCAUCUACUACCACCAAAUAAUGGAGGACUUAGUGGAUCAGUGACAGCUGCUGAGACAGAUACUAGCGUCGUCAUCACUGGACUAAUUGCAGGAGCAACCUUCUCCAUCAGUGUAUCAGCCGACUCCAGUACACUAUCAAGUUCUAGAUCCCGAGGACCAGAUACUUUAAUAGUACCAGCGACCAUCUCGCUCACAUCUUCUCCUCCCUCCCCCAUGAUGUCUGGAGCCACUGUCUCUCUCACCUGCUCCAUUUCCCUGCCCAUAGAUGUCACUGAUGCCUCAGGCAUACAGUGGAAUGGGCCUGGAGUAACUCCUACCCCAGUUAACUCUAUCAUCAGUGGAAGAAUGAUUUCCAGUGUCCUAACUUUCAGUGGCAUAUCAACUUCUCAGAGUGGAUUUUAUAGAUGUAACUUCACUCUUGGUGGAUCCAUCUCCACCAAUAUCACUAUUAAUGUUUUAGAUCAAGUAGUCUUUUUGCCUGCUGUUAGACCAGAUGCUACCAUCAUAUCUUUAUCAUGGAUCCCUGCAUCUGGUGUUCCAGUCACUACCUACAACAUCUCCUAUUCAAACACUAAUAAGAAGUGUUUUGAUGACAAUAAAGCGAUGAGUGUUGAAAACCAAACACUCAACUCUACUCUGGAAGAGUUAGAAGAGCACACAGAGUAUUUGGUGAAAGUUGCAGUUUGGCACGAAGGUCGUGUUGUUGGGAGUAACAGUACCAUGGUUACUACCAAGCCAGUAGCUCCAUCUGCUGGUCCCUCUUCUGUGAGUGUGGUUGGUGUUACAUCAUCCACCAUCACUGUGAUGUGGGGAAGUGUACCAUGUAUCCACCAGAAUGGAGACAUCACUGGCUACUCAGUCCAGUACAGAGCAGUGGGGAGUGAGAACAAGGAUACCAGUGGAAACCAGUGAAACUGAAAUUACUCUACUAAGUUUGACACCAGAAACAGACUAUGAGAUAAGUGUGGCUGCUGUUAAUACUGAAGGAAUAGGAGUUAGCACAAACACUUCAGCAACAACUUCAGCAGGUAGUAUAGCUGUACACAUAUUGUAUGCUCACAUGCAUAGAGAGAGAGCUACUGGCAUCAGCAGUUCAGCAGUGGCAGCGCCCACAAGUGGAGCAGUUAUUGGGGUUCUCCUACUAAUUUUGCUCGUCGCAGUUUUACUCAUCGUCUUUGUCAGGUGGAGGAGAAGUCACAGAGGAUCAGUGAAAGUGAAAUCCAAACCACUGCCACCUCCCAAACCAUUGAGGGAGAGAGAAGAGGAAGAGAAGGGAGGGAGUCAGAGUGGACUGGAGAUGAAAGAUUUUGAGGAAAGCAAUGAAGAAGAGAAAGAAUACUACUUUGAAGAUCCAUCCAACAUAGUGGUUUCUCGCAGUGAUGUCCCUGUGGCUGAGUUCCCGGAAUAUGUGAAACUGUUGCAUCAAGACAGAGAUCGCAAACUGGAGGUCGAGUACAAGUCAUUGGAAAAGCUUCCUGCGGCAUCUACGGAAGCUGCAAAACUCGCCUGCAACAUCAGUCACAAUAGAUUCAAAAACAUCUUCCCCUAUGAUCACAGCAGGGUCCAGUUGAAGGGAAAUCCAGCAGAGAAGGGCUCUGACUACAUCAAUGCUUCAUUCAUUGAUGGGUAUCCAGAGAAGAAGAAAGCUUACAUUGCCUCACAAGGCCCAACGGAGCUGACAGCCAACAGAUUCUGGGAGAUGGUGUGGGACUAUCAGAUCCCUACCAUCGUCAUGCUCACUCGCUGUUUCGAGGAC